AUGAUCGCUUCGCACUGUAAUUAUUCGAACGUGGUGGCUCUUUUACUGUCCAAGGGGGCGAAUGUCAACGAGAAAGGUCCGCGCGGAGGCACAGCUCUUGCCAGUGCAAGUGCUGCGGGUCGCGUUGAGGUUGUUCGGAUGCUGGUUGCUAACCGUGCGUCCGUUGAUUUGGGCGACUAUGAAGGUAAUACCCCGCUGAUGAACGCUGCUGAAAGAGGCCACAUAGCGAUUGUGGAGUUCUUGUUGGAGAGUGGCGCUAGCUGUGAUGUCUCCAACUUUAACAUGUGGACGCCGCUACUGAAAGCUACGUACAAUGCUCAUUUGGAUGUGGUUACGAAGCUUAUCGAGAAGGGUGCGUCUAUUGACUUGCAAGACGAAGAGGGUAAAACUCCUCUGAUCACUGCCGCUCGCCACGGCAAGGACAACAUGGUCAAGUGCUUAAUUCAAAAUGGUGCGUCUAUUGAUGGAGCUAACGUCAACUUGCGCGGCCCCCAAGACGCUACGGCGUUGGUCAUUGCGUGUGAUCACGGCCAUCUGGAGAUUGCUCGGAUGCUGAUCAACCACGGAGCAUCAAUAAAAUUAUCAGAUGAGUCGGGAGAUGGUCCGUUCAUGGCUGCAGUUCACAGGGGCGACCCAGCUCUAGUGAACUUGCUGUUGGAACGAGGAGCCAGUGUUGAUGAGCAGGAUUGUUAUGGCUGA